AUGCAGAGGAUAGCUUUUGGGUACAUUGUUGCUGCCGUCUGUGAAAUAUGGUUUUCAAAUUCCCUGAGGAAUGCAGGCCACAUAGGUGUCUUUUUCAGAAACUAUUUUAUUCAUUGGUUAUUUUUGGUCUCACUAGCUGGAAUAUACCUGGGUCUGCUAUAUGGUUUGUAUGUACCAGAUUGGCAAUUUGAAGUUCAACAGUCUGUUCUGUCAAAUGUUUAUAGGAAUGAUACUUAUAUUAUUAAAAAGGUUAAGUGUGGGGUUAGAGGUGAUCUCGGACCGGCAUGUAACUCUGUGGGAAUGAUUGAUCGCUAUGUUCUUGGCAUUGAACACCUAUAUAAGAAAUCGUUCUACAGAAAUCUAAAGGUUUGUCAGAAUACUGAAGGUGGCGACUUCUCAGAUAACUCAGCUUCAUGGUGUCAAGCACCAUUUGACCCUGAAGGGAUUUUAGGAUCCUUGAUGGCUGCGGUGACUUGCAUCCUUGGGCUUCAAUAUGGUCACAUCCUUGUGCAUUUGGAGGAACAUAAGGAUCGCUUCAAACUUUGGUUGCAACUUUCAGUUUCAAUUUUCUCAUUUGGUUUAUUUCUUAAUCUUAUAGGUGAUCCCCUGAACAAACAGUUAUACACUAUCAGUUACGCUCUUCUAACAACAGGCUCAGCUGGCCUCACUUUUUGUGCUUUGUACUUUCUGGAACAUAAGGAUCGCUUCAAACUUUGGUUGCAACUUUCAGUUUCAAUUUUCUCAUUUGGUUUAUUUCUUAAUCUUAUAGGUGAUCCCCUGAACAAACAGUUAUACACUAUCAGUUACGCUCUUCUAACAACAGGCUCAGCUGGCCUCACUUUUUGUGCUUUGUACUUUCUGGUGGAUGUUGGGGAACACCGUGGCCUCACAUGUAUUUUGGAAUGGAUGGGUAGACAUUCUCUGAGCAUCUUCAUUCUUGUGCCAUCCAACCUUGCUGUCAUUGUUCUUCAAGGAUUUUACUGGAGAAAUCCCAAUAACAACAUUGUUCAUUGGGUCUUAUCCAUUCUUGUUCAUAAGUAACUUGAAAAGCCUCGAUGUAGACCAGCAUGCAUUCUCACAGUUACCGUUAAAUACAUUGUAAUUUUGUUGUAUCACUUGCCAUUUAUGAGUUAAAUAUCUGAAUGUUAAAAUAUUGAUGUAAUGGGCUUCUUUUUUUAA